GGCUUUGAAUCAGGACUUGAGAUAUUUUUAUCAACAACUUAAACUUCCUGGUAUUAUAACAUGGGCGUUUUAAUAUUAAUACUGUUGUUGUGUCCAAUUUGUCAAGGCAAUUGGAGCUAUAGUUCCGGCCUGUCGACAUAUAUUGGUGAAAACAGUGUUACCUUUUAUUGCCAUUACUACACGUAUGUAAACAGAAAUAAAAUGAUUCCCGAAAUGUUUAUGGAAAUCCGACAAUCCAAUAGUAGAAACUGGAGAACACUUGCAAAAGCUAACACCACGGGAUCUUAUAUCCUUGACAAGGAUGAAAAGUUAGGAAAGUACACAAUUCGUCCAAGGAGCUGUGAGGGAGGAGAAUUUAGAUGUAGAAUAACGAUUACUGCGUCAUUUACUUUGAGCAAAUGUACAAUUGAUCCAGGCCUCUACUCUGUUUUUAGAUGUAAAGUUUCCAAUGGUAGUGAUGUUUUUACAAGCGAAGAAAAUAACUUUGUUUCAACGAAGGUUAAACCAACACAUAUUCAAACCCCAGUCAUCACCAGAAGAAGCAAUGCAAUACGAGCAAGUGAUGAAGAUUUUCCCAGACCUUGGUUUGUGGUUCAUUUAAAAUGUACUGGGGAAAUUGAAAGCAUAAAUGGUAUACCUAGCCAGAAUAUCAGAUGGUGCAUGAAAAUAGAAGACAAAUUUAAAGAAAUCUCAUUGCAACACUAUCCUAAUACCACAUUAGUUUGGAACAGCAGUGAUAGUUGCAGGCAUAUUCAAAGAUCGGAAAUAAUUUACCAUAUCAUGCAGAGUGAUUCCUUUCUGGAAAUAAUGUGUGAAUCCGGGUACAGCAUAUACGCACGUGAAUGUGGAAGAGGAAGUAUAUCGUCAACAAUUCUUAUAAAUACGAGUAUUACAACAGAAGGGGAUGCUAACUCUUCCAUGGUACACGAUCCAACAUUUGAAGUUACCAGGGAAAUACCCAGCCAAGCUCUUAAGGCGGAAGACAACACUGCAUCUAUAGUUGUCUUAUCCUUCUUGUUGUGUAUUGUUCUGGUCGUGGUUGUUGCUUUUAUAAUAACAACGUUUAGAAGAGGAAAAUCAACAAUAUUUGGACUGGAGUUCAGGAUUGAAAGGAAAAAAUCUGAAAUCGAUGUGUUAGACAAUGUACAGAAGACUUCAAGCAGCUUUUUACAAACUUGUUCUGAAAGUGGGAACAAGUCGAAAGAUCAGGCUGAUGAACCAUACGAAGAAACCGAGUACAAUUCUGAGAUUCAAAGACAAGGAGUUUAUGAAAACGAAGUUUUAAAAAACGAAAUUUUUAAGGAUGGAAAAACAUCAACAAAAAGAGCAGAGUCAGAUACAUGCCACUACGAUGGGCUGCAUAUCAAAGAAGAACGGCAAGAGUAUGAAAAACUGAAGUUACAAAAACUAUAAAUAAAUAAAAGAUCGAUGAUUUACAUGUUGAA